AUCUUCUCUUUUUUACAAUGUCAACCUGAUUCCUGUAGUUUCUCUUCCCACCCACCCCUCAACUCCACCCCACCCCCUAUAUACUGUUUAUAUACCUAUAUAUAUGUGUAUAUAAAUACAACUCUCAGUUCAUAAAUUCAGUUUCAUGUCAUACCAGAAAAACAAGUACUAUACUACUCAAGCUUUUCAAGUUGAAACAAGAACAAGAACUAUAGUUUUACUACUGGACAAAACAAAUUAAAGUGGAUAUGGCUGAUGAAUUUCAAGCUGGUGUUUGUGGAGGAAACUGGUGGAAUUCAAGUAGAAGUAUAAUUGGUUCAUCACUAUGUGCAUCUUCAGUUCCAAUAGGAAACUCCAACUUUGCAUGGUCAAAUGACUUGUUGAAUAUGAAAUCCUCAUGUAGGUCUAAUGACGAAUCUGGUAAUUCCGAUGAAUCUGUUGUUCUUCAAGAAUUACCCAAACAUGACUCCACUCUACACAUGUUGGGUAUUGGCCUUUCUUCAUCAACUUCAUCUCCAACUCCUGAUUGGAAUCAUACCUUGAUCCAUGGAAAUGAGAGGGCUGAUAGCUAUCCUUCAAUACUACAAGAAGACCUUAAUAAUUCAAGCCUGAAUUACCAGCAAGAAACUGGGGUUGAUUGUUCAAGCAACUCAUUUAAACAAGAUUUCACUUUAGGCAUGAAUCAUCCAAUCACUAGCUCAACUAACAUUGAUCAAUCCACUGUGAUUUCUUCAACUUUUCCAAUGAGCUCUUCAUUUUCUAGUUAUCCUUCAGUACUUCAAACUUUAUUUGAUAAUGAUCCUCCUCCUCCUUCUCAUCCUCAACAACAACCACAAUUACAACAAUAUUUCUUUAUUAAUAAUAACCAGCAGCCAAUGAAUUUCCCAUCAUCAUCCUUAAACUAUAGGCCGGAUUUGAAUGACUUUUCACCUUCUUUGCCUAAAUUUCCUUCCUUGUUGAGGCCUUCAUCAGCUUUACCGAAACAAACACCUUCGAAUAAUUUUCCCUACUCUAAUCCUCCAUCUCUCUACAAUACAUCAUCAGCCACAUGCUUAAACAAUAUGCGUGGAAAUCUUUUGCCUUCGAUGCAUCAACAAUUGCUGCAGUCACCAACAUUUAACGGAAAAACCAGUGGUCCUAACGUUACUGCCAAGUCUAAUGUUGAAGAAUUAAGAGAGUCGAGGUCGAGCUCAUCACAGGCUAAGAAAAGUGGCACCAAUGAACCAACAUUGAAGAAGGCAAGAAUAGAGACACCAUCACCAUUGCCAACUUUUAAGGUCAGAAAAGAGAAAUUGGGGGACCGGAUUACAGCUCUCCAGCAAUUGGUCUCACCUUUCGGAAAGACUGAUACUGCUUCAGUUCUACAUGAAGCUAUUGAGUACAUCAAGUUUCUCCAUGAUCAAGUCAAUGUUCUUAGUACUCCUUAUUUGAAAAAUGGAUCAACCCCUCAACACCAACAGACUGUUGAUAAGGUUACGGAUCAAGAAGGAUCAAAACAAGAUAUGAGGAGCCGAGGGUUGUGCCUUGUACCAAUAUCGAGUACUUUCCCUGUAGCAACUGAAACUACUACAGAUUUUUGGACUCCAAAUUUCUCGGGUACAUUCAGAUAGAGACAUAUAAUCAAUUAGCAGAAGCUGGAGAGGUUAUUUUUAGCUAAUUUGGUAAAGAGAAGGAAAAAAAGAGAAGAAAAAACAGCAAGAGAAAAGGGAAAAAGGGAAAGUGAGUACCAUCCAAAAGAAGACAGCCAAUACUGGUCCAUCUACAGGCAGAAUGAUGUAUUAAGUAGGCUAAGUACAUGAUUAUAGAGGAUUGGAUAAUUAAUGUAGAGCUGUAAUAACAUUAAUUACUAAUAAUUUGGGAUUAGGAACAGGAACAGGUGCUAAAUUUAGCUGAUGAGUUUUUAGAUUAGUUUAUUUAACAUUUGUGUUUAUGUUUUGUGUACGUUGUUGUUGGUGUUGGUUGAGCUGAAUUUAGCACAUCAUAAGGAACUUUUUGUUCCUGUUUCUAUAUUUAUAUUAAGCAGGUUAUGAGUUA